AUGUCGGUCGAUAUUGAGCCCUUCGAGCUUUCCUUCAAGCGCCCCUUCACCACCGAGGUUUCUCAGACCCUGACGCUCAAGAACCCCAACCCGACUCCUGUUGCCUUCAAGGUCAAGACAACCGCUCCCAAGCAAUACUGUGUCCGACCAAAUGCAGGCCGCAUCGAGGCCGGCCAGAGCUUUGAUGUAUCUGUUCUCCUCCAGGCGAUGAAGCAGGAUCCUGCUCCCGAUGCUAGAUGCCGCGACAAGUUCCUCGUCCAGUCUACAGCCAUUACCGCUGACAAGGAGUUCGCCAGCGUCGCUGCCGUGCUCGAAACCACAGACAAGGCUUCGCUUAUUGAGCGCAAGAUCCGAGUUAACUGGUUGCCGGCCGGUCCCGAUGGCGAGGCUCAUCGGCCAAUGUCUACGCCCAACAAGGCGGCCAUCGCUAAUGGCGCCAACGACACACCCGAUGUUUCUCGCACUUACUCUUCUCCCAUCGUCCGAGAUGAGUCGCCUUCCAACGCACCACCUCCUUACCAGUCUCCCCAACAAGGUUCCCACGAGGAGGAGCGACCCAGAUCUAUGCAGUCUGAUAUGGACGCCAAGAGCGCCAUUUCUCAGGCCGCAACAUCCAUCAAGGAGACUGCUGAGUUAACCUACGAGGAGCUCAAGGCUAAGCUUGCCCAGGCUGAGCAGCAGCUCGUGUCUCUUAAGGAUAGCGGCCUCCGCCAGCGCAACGUCAAGUCCGAUUCCAACGAUGAUGAAAAGCGACCUUUGGCCCAAACUGCCCAGGCUGUUCAGCAGACCGUUGAGGGUGUGCCAGUGCAGAUGGCUGCCAUCCUCUGCUUGGUCAGCUUCCUGCUUGCCUACUUCUUCUUUUAG